AUGUUUACAUUCCCGCGUGCUUGCAUCUCCUUCGCAUUCACUCGUCAUAGGAAAAAAAAAAGGAUGAUGUAUCUGGUUUCUGCUGUGAAGUUUCCCAACAGAUCUGGUAAGCAGUUACCCUUUUCAUUAUCGAUUCAAAGUAAUCAUAUGGCUCAUUCAAAACAUCCUUCACCUCAGUCUAUCACACCUUUGGCAUUCAUCUGA